AUGGCCGCCCAACUUGAUCCCAACAUGUUGACUUCUGCCUUCCAACUCACAAAGGCGCUGCACCGCGACGUUUACCCUGCCAUCGACCCAAAGAAGCUUGCGCAGCUUGCUUCGGACAAAGUCAUUCUCGUCACUGGAGCCGGCGGUGGUAUCGGCUACGCCGUCGCGAAGACCUGGACCGAGGUCAAUGCCAAAGGCGUUGUGCUUGUCGGUCGCGAUGCGAAGAAGCUCAGUAGCGUAGCUGCUGAGGUUGAAGGCAACACCUUGGUAGCUGCCGGCGACAUCACUAAGGAGGAAGACGUGAAAGCCAUCUUUGAGAACGCAAUUGCGAAGUUUGGUACCGUUGACGUUGUUGUCAACGCUGCCGGUAUCUUCAACUACGGUAGCAUCGGGGAGUUCGAGCCAUCGCAAUGGUGGGCCGACUUUGAAAUCAAUGUCAAAGCCACCUAUAUUCUCGCCCAAUUCCUCCACAACUUCAACAAAGACCGCACCGCCACGUUCAUCAACCUCGUCUCCAUCGGUGCUUCCAUGACUAAUUCCGGCCUAUCCUCUCUCACCACGUCUCAGCUUGCCGCCACAAAGCUCGGCGAACAUCUCGACCUCGAACUAUCCAAUCUUCGCGUGUUCUCCAUUCAUCCUGGUAUCGUGGAAGCAAAGGCUGGCCGCGGCGCUGUCGUUGAUGCCAUGACGCCGUUUGCUAAAGACCAGCCCGAGUUGACGGGUGCCUUCACUUUGUACUUGCUCAAGCCGGAAGCGGAUGUACUUAGGGGCGGAUAUGUAAGCGUGAACUGGGAUGUAGAGGAGAUUCGAAAGCAUGCGGAGGAAAUCAAAGAAGGGAAACUCUUGAGGUUGGGGCACAUCAAUGCGAAGGUCGGGCCAGACGGUCAUCCAUGGGCGCAGUGA